GGGCCUGCGGAGAAUGGAGGAGAAGCCCUCCACCAGUAUCAAGCCCUACCAGGACAAGCUGACUCUGGGUGUUACACGGAUCCUGGAGACUUCUCCAGGAGUUGCUGAGGUGACAUUUGUGGAAAAAGAGCCAGCUGAACGCCAUACAAUCAUUUCAUGGGAGCAAAAAAACUCCUGUAUAUUGCCAGAAGAUUUAAAGAACUUCUAUCUAAUGACCAAUGGCUUCCAGAUGAGCUGGAGUGUGAAGACUAAUGAUAACCCCAUGCCACUGGGCUCCAUGGUGAUUAAUAGUAUUGCAAACCUGUGUCGACUUGGGGGUUCCUCUAUGUACACUCUGCCUAAUGCACCAACUCUCGCUGACCUGGAAGAUGACACAGAUGAGGAAGGUAAGGCCCUGUUAGCAGGUAAUGAAGACAAACCAGGGAAGCCACACUUUGAUUCUCGUAGUCUUAUCUUUGAAUUAGACCCAUGCAAUGGGAAUGGGAAAGUUUGUCUUGUUUAUAAGCAAGCUAAACCAGUUGUCUCCCCAGACACAGAGAUAUGGUUCCUGGACAGAGCUCUGUAUUGGCAUUUCCUCACCAAAACCUUCACAGCCUACUACCGCUUGCUGAUUACCCACCUGGGCCUCCCACAGUGGCAGUAUGCCUUCACCAGCUAUGGGGUCAGCCCACAAGCCAAGCAAUGGUUUAACAUGUAUAAACCCAUAACCAUCAACACUGCUCUCCUCUCUGAAGAAGCUGAUUGCUUUGUGAACAAACUGGACCCCAAUAAGGUAUUUAAAAGCAAGAACAAAACUCCGGUGAUCAAAAAGAAAUCACCUUCCCAGCCGGCAGGCUCCCAGAAGAGUCACACUAGCAUGACCUCCUCCAAGACAUCCUCACUAGCUGGGAAUUCUUCAAGGAAGUGAGACCCCCGGAACUGACUCCAGACAGCAUUUGAAAUAAGCUUUUAUGUUCUCUGAUGUAGAGUCCCAGUGGUUCAGACCAGGUUCCUUGAGCUUGAAUAGAUGUGCCCAUGGAAAACACAUUGCAGCGUUUGCAUGAAAUACAACCUUAAUCUGCUUCAACACAGGAGCAAUGUAGAAACUGGAGACUGAGGAGAAAACCUGAGACACUGAUUUUAAAGUCCCUUCGGCUACUUGCAGAUGUACUUUCCUUAGGACAUGAAGAAGCUCUUGAUGUCACUGCUCUAUAGGGAAGCUUUUGUUCCUAUGCAGUGAGAAGAAAGCAAAUGUAAGUCAGUUUAACAGACCAUGUGGAAAUAUGAAUAGGAAGAUAUGUCCCUCUCUGGAGAUACUCAAAACCCACCUGGCUGCAUUCCUGCAUGAUCUGGUAUAGGUGAUCCUGCCCUGGCAGGGGUGUUGAACUAGAUGUUCUUUUGAGGUCUCUUCCAGCCCCUAAUAUUCCAUGAUUCUGAGAUUCCGUGAUAUUUCUGUUAUCUCCUUUGAAAGAAACCUGCACUGCAUGCUAUGGCAGCAGGCUGAAACUCACUGAACAAAGAAAUAUCUUCUGCUUCACAAAGAAUCAAACUGUUCACUUCCUUGUACUCCUUCCAACUUUGGCUCUAAGAUUCAUGGUAGAGAGGGAUCUGGGGCCUCCACGUCUGUGCACCGGCUUAGUCACGUGCUGUACAGCCCAGACCAGUUCUUGACCUUUGUGAUGUAUCUUUUCAGAUAGCAACCUUUGUCUUUUCCAAUAACCCUGAAGGAAGCAAGGAGCUGCAAGAUUCCUCAUUGUCUCUGCUUUCUCCUCUUGUGGGAACUGCUGAGCCAGGGCAGGUCAGUCAUUGGUGUUAAGUGUCUGUAAGCCAGGAGGACCCCUUGGUUUGUCACAGAUUCAUUUGAGAAGUUGACUGUUCAAAUAGCUUUUGUCAGGUUUCAUUUAGGAGGGAUCUGGCUGAGGAUCACCAAGAUUCUACAUCCUUGGAAGCCCCUGAUACUGUUUUCUGUACUAUAAAUUUUGGGGUUAGAACUGCACUUUAACCCAUUCACUGCUGGUUUUCGGUUACAUCCAACCAUUGCCACUGUCUUCCUAGAUAUGCUGAAAACACAUGUUAGCAACCCACACAUUUUGUGCCUAAGCUGGAAAAUCAGAGUCACUAACUUCAAAUAAGCAUUGAUUAUUUAAACAGCAUCACGUUUUAUUUGUUAAACACUCACAUAGUUACAGAAGAUGAACCUACCUCACAAGGAUGUUGUGAGGCUUUCAUGAGUAUUUGUAUGGCUUUCAAGAAGACAAAGCCACCCUGUAAGUGCUUAGUAGUAUUUUAAUAAAGAUUUCAAUAUUUUCCUCCAAAGUGAUUGCAUAUUUGAAGAUACUUUUGGGAGCACGUGCACAAGAAUGUCUGGCAUGAGAAGUCUGCAGGCUGCAUUCAUUGUUUUUUUUAGUGCAGUACAAAAUCUCUCACUGAGGACAGAUGGGUUACAGUGCCUUUUAGCUAAUCCCAUCUUGAGCUAAACUGAAUUUUACAGUUUAUUUCAGAUAGUCCAAAAGUCUCAACUGUGUGGCAGCUUCUGUCCAGUGUUCACCAUUCAGAAUCUAAGCAGCCAUUGGCUCUGCCAUGCUUUACUGGCUCCCAGUACUGCCCAGGGCCCACCCUCAAGUGCAACUGCUGCUUUCCCUGGCAGCUGCCCUCUGCCACCCCCAAAUGAGAGAAGAUCCUCUAAUGUUCUUCAGCCCUCUUAAGUGCUGCAUCUCUGCCAGGGGAUGAUCUGCUGUAGCAGCCCUAAUGAAAGGUCAGCUCUAAUGGUGAAGCAGAGAUAUCAGUGCCUACCACACCACCCCCCCCCACCUCAUGCUUCAGUAAUACAUCCUUUUAAUAGUGAGAUGUGAAUGAUCAUUAACGCCAGUACAUGCCAUUUUCUGGAGUUCCGUGCAAUAAA